UACAAAAUUAGUCGCUCGUAUUAAAUUGAAGUUAUAUAUCGUAUAUCCAUUCUUUUUGCUGAUCAUAUAAGAGCAGUAAUUGUCUGUGUCUGGUAGUUGUUCAGUGGUAGCAUGUGCCCCAAUCAGGAAGUGGAACGUAGCCUCCUGCCCGACUGUCACAUUGCCAAUCGCGUGUUCAUGUACUCCAUGCUGGACUAUCUGCAUUCGGGGGAGCGACGCAGUGAGGAUGUGCAUGCCGAGUUACGUGAUCGCUACGAGGUAUUUUGUCAGGUGCUCCACAACUUUCCCAUGCCGUUGCAUCCCCAGCACGAGGGCGAUACCUUUGAUGCACUGCAGCAGCAACAACAACAGCUGUGGCAGCGCCCGGUAUAUGGUGGAUUCGACACCAGCAUACUCAUGGAAAUUAAUGAAUCAAGUAGCAGCUCCAAUAUUUGCGAACCCUGUGACUUCUAUGAGAAUGCCAUGCGCAGAGCUCUGGCUCAGCUGGGAGGCGGCAUGGAUAUGGAUAUGGACAUGGAGUUGGAGUUGCAAUUGCAGUUGGGGGAUGAGGAGCAAUUGUUAAACAGCAGUGAUGAUGUUAAUUGAAUAAUAAGUCUAGUUAAUGUAGUCUACCACUAAAUGGUAAAUUGUUUUCAGCACUCGUCGAUUUUUUUUUGCUUUUUGUAAAAGUGCAAUAAAUGUCGUUAAAUGAAA